GUUGUGACUAGAGAGACGGUUGGGAAAUGCCGAAGUGUAUUCGAAUGCAUAGAAAAGGGAGGUUAGUUUGAAUACACCCUGGCUUACGGUGCGAGGGGUCUGGGUUCGAGUCCCGGGUAAGACAUUAACGUAUACGUGCUGAUAUUUGAUUACGAUAUUUUAACGAUAUUUGAACAAGGACAAUUUUACCCUUUAGCUGUAGGGCGUAAAAUGUAGGCCACAUAGCAAAAAAAAAAAAAUGUUCGAUGUCAGGCGGGAACGAUUGAAAUAUUGUUCCCUGCCGAGUAAUGUGUCAUUUUAAUAUUGAAGAUGUGCAAUUUUACGCUUGCUUGUGCCCGCCAUGUUAGCAUGGGUUUGACUGGCACGAAGAAUUAACCAGUGAUUGGCGACGUUUACUCCUGUAUAAAAUGCGAGUACAAGCAUGUGAAAAGUUCGUCAUUUUACUGUUGUUAUGCCGACUGAAAUUAUUGGUUUCAGUACUAAUUUGCGUGUUAAGAAGACAGCAUUGUUAAGAUUAUCGUACAUGCCUAUAUGGGCAGGUGUGUAAGAUUUUAAAUCGGGAUAGUCGGUUAUAGUGUUGGAAGAUGUACAAUCUGUUUGAUACAGUUUGGUGUGGUGCGGCUGUUCAGCUGAACCAGGUAGAAUUUUUCUUUGCAACUGGUGUUGUAAAGUCUUCGAGAUCUUCAUACAAAAUCCAACUUCCAACUUCUUACCUCCAUGGCAGAAUCAGUGCAUACAAUAUCUAUGAUAUUAUACUUGUUCGGUUAUUGAAAAUGGCUGAAAACGGCGUGUAUGCCGAUGAAGAAGAAAUUCCUCAUUUCGUCGCACCGAUUAUUCAAGACAAUCCGAAUGGCUGGGGACCAUGUGACAUGCCGGAACAGUUUAAAGACAUGCCGUACCAGCCCUUCUCAAAGGGUGACCGAUUAGGCAAGAUAUCUGACUGGACAGGGGCUGCUUUCCAGGAUAAAAAGUACACAAGCAAGUACCAGUCGCAGUUCGGCGGCGGGGGCCAGUACUCGUACUACCACGACGAGGACGAGAGCACGUUCCACCUGGUGGACACGACGCGGGUGCAGAAGCCCCCCUACCAGCGGGGCCGGUUCCGCCAGAACCAGCGCGGAAUGAGGGGGCGCGGGGGCCAGCGCGGGGGCUUCCAGAGCCAGCUGCAGCUGCUGGGCAAGGGGCUGAAGAUGCGCGACAGGAACCAGCGGCAGCAGCGCAAGUGGCCCAUGCGGCAGGGCAUGAGGAACAACCGCAACCAGCCGCCCAUCAAGAGCCGGGACGCGUCGGUGACGGUGCGGCCCGACUGGACCACCAUCGAGGAGAUGGACUUCCCGCGCCUGGCCAAGCUGUCUCUGCCCAACGUCAAGGACGGGGAGGACAUCCUGUGCUGCGGCUCGCUCGAGUACUACGACAAGUCGUACGACCGGGUCAACGUGAAGAACGAGAAGCCCUUGCAGCGCGUGGACCGCAUCUUCCACACGGUGACGACGACGGACGACCCGGUGAUCCGCCGGCUGUCCAAGACGGAGGGCAACGUGUACGCCACCGACGCCAUCCUGGCCACGCUCAUGUGCUGCACCCGCUCCAACUACUCCUGGGACAUCGUCAUCGAGAAGAUCGGGGACAAGCUGUUCUUUGACAAGCGCGACAACACAGAGUUCGACCUGUUGACGGUGAACGAGACUUCGGUGGAGCCGCCGCAGGAUGACGGGAACAGCAGCCUGAACUCCCCGCGCAACCUCGCGCUGGAGGCCACCUUCAUCAACCACAACUUCUCGCAGCAGGUGCUCAAGACGGGGGAGCCGCGCUACAAGUUCGACGAGGGCAACCCCUUCAUCUCAGAGGAGGAGGCCGGGGAGGUGGCGUCGGUUGCGUACCGCUACCGCAAGUGGGACCUGGACAACGGCAUCACGCUGAUAGCGCGGUGCGAGCACGACGCGGUGAUGCAGGGCCCCAACGGGGAGCUGCAGUUCAUCGCCAUCAAGGCCCUCAACGAGUGGGACUCCAAGAUGUCCGGCGGGGUGGAGUGGCGCCAGAAGCUGGACACCCAGCGCGGCGCCGUGCUGGCAAACGAGCUGCGCAACAACGCGUGCAAGCUGGCCAAGUGGACCGUGCAGGCGCUGCUGGCCGGCUCCGACCAGAUCAAGUUCGGGUACGUGUCGCGGGCGCACGUGCGCGACUCCUCCAAGCACGUCAUCCUCGGCACGCAGCAGUACAAGCCCCACGAGUUCGCCACGCAGAUCAACCUGAACAUGGACAACGCGUGGGGGAUCCUGCGCUGCGUGGUGGACAUCUGCAUGGGGCAGAAGGACGGCAAGUACCUCAUCAUGAAGGACCCCAACAAGCCCAUGAUCCGCCUCUACGACAUCCCCGACAACACGUUCGAGUCGGAGAACGAGGACCUGGACGAUGAGGACGCCGGCAGGUAUUGAAAAGAAAAGCACAUCAACCUGUUCUUCCAGUACCAGAACUAGGAAGUUUAACUAUCAUACUAUCAUCAACAGGUAUUGAUUUUGGAUCAAAAAUAAGUACAUUUAUAUUCUGUUUUUCAGAUAUUUUUUUUUGUAACAGAUGGUUUGUUUGUGAAGAGGCAUGUAAAAAUAUAUGGUGAAUAGAC